UUACUGUUGUUUACAAUACUCCUAAAUGUCCUUACCGGGUUUAUGGGUCUUGGAUUAGAGGGCAACAAACUUUCCAGAUAAAGUUUAUGAAUCCAAGACAUGAUUGUAGUAGGAGUUAUAAGAACCCCAUUGUCACAUCAUCCUGGAUUGCAGAUAAGAUGAUACCAUUAUUUAUAAGCCAACCUAAUGUGCCUAUCAAUGCACUUGCUGAUGAGAUUAAGAGAAAGUGGGGAAUGGAAGUUCCUAAAAUGAAGUUGUAUUGUGCUUGAGUGAAGGCUCAAUUUACCAUAUUUGGCAGCCAUAGAGAACAGUAUGCCAAGGUAUGGGACUAUUGUGAGACCCUGAAACAAAGGAACCAAAUUAGUUGUUUGUUAGUUAGGGUGGAACAAAUAGCUCCUGAGUUACCUCCUAUUUUUCAAAGGAUGUACGUAGGAUUGGCAACCUGUAGAGAGGGUUUUAAGGCUGGUUGUAGACCAUUGAUUGGUUUCGACGGUUGUUUCUUAAAAGGACCAUUUAAGGGGCAGCUCCUAUAUGUUGUUAGUCAGGAUGCAAAUGAUAACAUGUACCCCAUUGUAAUGGUCAUUGUGGAGGCAGAGUUAAAGGAUAGUUGGGGAUGGUUUAUUGAGACACUUAUAUCCGAUCUUGGACAGCAACCUAAAGGUAGGUGGACAUUUAUCAAUGAUAGACAAAAGGGUUUAAAGCCAGCAAUAGAGGAGUUGGUGCCUUACAAUGACAGCUGUAUUUGUGUCAGGCAUUUAUAUGCCAAUUUUUGAGAUGCCGGCCACAAAGGUGUGGCUUUGAAGGAGAAAUUGUGGCAGACAACCACAACAUACACCAAGAGGGACUUUGAGAGAGCUAUGGAGGAACUGAAAGCCCUCAGUUAGCCUGCAUAUAACUACCUGAAGGUCAUAGACCCAUCACAAUGGUCUAGAGCAUGGUUUAACACAUUUUCAAAGUCUGAUCUCGUAGUGAAUAAUCUCAGUAAAUGUUUCAACGCGUAUAUUCUGCAAGCACGGGAUAAGCCAAUUAUGACUAUGGUGGAGACCAUACGGAAGAAACUGAUGGGAUGAUAUCAAUUGAAAAGAGAAUCAAUUGGUAAAUGGGAGAAUACAAUCACGCAUCGGAUAGUUGCGAAGCUUGAACUUAUGCAUGACCUGUCCAUCUAUUAUACUCCAACGUAUGCAAGAUGUGGUCAGUUUGAAGUUAACAAUGCUGGUAGGCAAUAUGUGGUUGAUUUGGAAAAGAGGACCUGGUCAUGUUUGAGAUGGGACAUGACAGGUAUUCCAUACUCGCAUGCAUACACAUGUAUUGUGUAUUCUGACCAAGAUCCCAAGGGAUAUGUGCACCAUUACUAUAGUGUAGAGAUGUGGAGGGCAGCAUACGAGCCUUUAAUUUAUCCUAUGCCAAUUGAGGAUCAGUGGCUCACUACCACAUACGAGAAGCCCACUGCUCCUGAGGUUAGGAAACAACCCGUGAGGCCAAAGAAACAUCGAAAAAGAAAUGAGGAUGAUCAACAAGGAGCAAACAAGUUAAG